GACAAAACCCUCGUUGAACCCUCGUCUUCUCAUCGGAGGACAAAACAGUGAAACCAGUAACUCCCACAGUCAGAGUCACCGCCACUGCGAUGGCUCGAUUUCUCCAUGCUUCACGGAGUUCACUUCUCUCCUCUUGCAGAACCCUAAUGCCUCAGUUUCUACAACAUCAAUUUUCUUGCCAACCAAACAGACACAUACCCAAUUUUCUCGCCCAAUCCCGGACCCAAAUGUCGACUGACACCUCCCAAAAAUCACCCUUCGAGUCCAACAUCAUCAGGAUCCUCCGCAACGAGAUCCAAUACCAGUCUGAAUACGCCCCUCCCUGCUUGCCAGCUACGGAAUUUCAUGCCUUCACAGUGGAAGAUCGACCUGGUGAACAGUGGAUUACGUUGAGGGGCAAAUUUGGAGAGAAUGAAACUAUAAAAAUUGAGGCUACGAUGUUUGAUGGUUCUGUUAUAGUUCCAAAAUCCGGUGAUGAUAGUACUGCAGAAAAUGUGUGCCUUCACAUAAGCUUGCUAGUUGAUAUAUCAAAGGGAGAAGAAUGUGAUCUGGAGUUUGUCUGCUCUGCUUGGCCGGAUUCUAUUGAGAUUCAGAAAGUUUACAUCUUUAGACGUGAUGGUUCUUGGCCUCGGCCUUACAUGGGACCUAAUUUUAGGGAUUUGGAUAAGAAGCUUCAAAAUGCACUUUUUGAUUUCUUGAAGGCAAGGGGGGUAAAUGAUGACCUUUCUGUAUUCUUGCAUGAAUUUAUGAUGAACAAGGAUAGAAGUGAGCUUAUUCAAUGGUUGACAAAAGCCAAGUCUUUUGUGGAGAAAUAGAGUAUUAUAGUUACUUUUUGAUUUCCUCUGUCAUACUAGGUGUUGUGCUUUCAAUUGUUGAAUUGAUUAAUGAAAUUCUUGCUUUAGAAUAUUUGUGUUUCUUUUUUGCUCAAGCAUGUAUCUCCUGUAGCAUGUAUGGGGUGUAAAUUGCGUGGGAAUACUCGAGAACAUAAUGAAGGAGACCCAAAUAAAGUACUGUAAGAGUUUUGAGGAAAAUUAUUCAGUGGUCUGGGACUACCAUGUCAUCAUUGGUCCCAAAUGGUUGCAUAAGUUUUGAGCACCUUCAA